AUGAGGCGGCGGCACAAUAUUGCUUUGGCUACUAUUGCAUUCCUCGGUACAAUCUUGCUGGUUGCACAGCACCGCAGUGAAUACCGGCAUACGCAUGUUACCCAUGCAUCGUAUGAUACCAAAGAGAGUAAUACCGGGAUCGAAGUACUACCAUCUGAUCUAAAACCUUCUUCACAUUCUCAUGAUGCAUCCGGGUCAGGAACGGACGCCGAGGCGCACGUGACCCUACAUGACGAUGGUUCACCGGCUCAAGGAGUCUCAGAAGGCGAUAGUUCGACGACACCUCCUUUGCUGGAAAACCCCUCUCCAGAUGGACAAACCGUCCUAGAACCUGAAUAUGCUUUCCAAAAAGACCUCGAUCUCCUCCUUCCAAUCCCAGCCCUCCAACGCUUCAGCACCCACAAACCUCACAACUAUGUACCCGGAGGCACAGAAACCUACGCCUACGCUACAUUCCUAGCAACACGCAACGCGUCACUCAAAGACCCCUACUUCCUCGCCAUCCACUCUCUCAUCUACCGCCUCCUCUGGUCCCCCAAAUCUCGCACCCAAAACCAUCCCUUCAUCGUCUUCGUUGCCGACUACGUCACACCCGAACAGCGCGCCCUCCUCUCCGGCGCCGGCGCCCUCGUCCGCGAACUCGCGCCCCUCCCCUGGUCCCCCAACGUCCCCGGCGUACAGCCCCGCUGGAAAGACCUCUUCGCCAAACUACACAUGUGGCGAGAAACAGAAUUCAGCCGCAUCCUCUUCCUCGACGCCGACGCUUUCCCCCUAGCGCCCCUUGACGAAAUGUUCACUCUCGCAGAGCCUCGCACUUGCGUGCCCGAGAAAUUACAUCUCGACGACUUUCUACCCGACGGCCCCGUCUGCGAACCCUACAUCUUCGCUGGUAUCCCGCAGGAUCCCUUCAACACCGAACACCCCAAUAUCAACGUUGGCGCUAUGCUCUUCACUCCUUCCCUCCGCAUGCAUCAGCGCUUGCUACAGAAUUACGUCAAGACGGAUAAAUAUGACUGCUUGAUGGCGGAACAAGCGUUUCUGAAUUGGCAGUUUGGCCCGGACUCGGCGUUUCCGGCGACGAAGCUGGAGAGGGAGUGGGGUGGGUUUUUUCCAAAGGAAGAGGAAGAGGGGAGGUUGAAGGUUGUGCAUGAGAAGAUUUGGGUUUUGGAGGGGGGUUGGAUGAAGGAGGAGUGGGGGAGCGGGUGGAGGGAUAUGAUUGGGUUUUAUGAGGGGGAGGAGUUUGUGAGGGUGAGGGAGGGGGAUGGGAAG